AUGUCAAAUUUAGAUCUUCCAACAAGCUUGAGCUACUUCAGAAAGUCUCCUGCCAAGCAAUACAUACUUCAAUAUGAAAGUCCCACUAAGGUAGGUUAAAGAGAUACAUACUACUCAAAGAGCCCACUUACUGCAGAAGCUCGUCAAUUGAACAACUACUACGAUUUAAAGAAUACUAUGGAGCUAAGAUACUAAGGUGACCUUGACAAGUGGAAAUCUAGAGCUCAAGAAUCUGAGUUGCGUAAAGACAUCCUCGAAAAGGAAAAUCUCCGUCUCAUCGAAGAACUCAACUUCUGGAAAACCAAGAACUAUACCGCUGAAAGAGAAAAGGAUUUGGAGGUUUAAUUGAAAGAUUAAUUGGCAAAGAGCUAAGCCGAUAUCUUAAGAAGAAGUGUUGAUGUAUAAUAGGAUCUUUUAUAGGUUGAAAUCGAAUCUUUAAGAAAUCAAUUGCACGAAAAGAUGAAAGAAGUUGAUGAAUGGAAAUCUCUUUACUUCAACCAAGAACUCAGAGUUUCUGGAGUCAAGCAAACUAGCGAAUAACAAUUAAGAAUCUAUGAAGCUUAACUCAAUAACAUCCUUAAAGAUAUUCAAUCAAAAAUUGACGAAGCUGACGACCUCCACAGAAGAAAUUCAACCUUGUUAACUGUCCCUUCCAAAUUAGCCUCUGCCAAGAAGGAAGUCAAGGAUAUCAGAAGCUUGCUUGACAUGAAGUAUGAUGAAAGCGAAAAACUUAAGUAAGACAUGACUAAAUCAUAAAUUGAAAAUUACAGCAUAAGAAAGAAUGAGUUAAAGCUUAGAGAAUAAGAACAAAACUUGUUAGCCUAGAUUGAAACAAUUUAAAAGAAAAUCGAAAACACCCAUGAACUCAAGAAUCUUGAAGAAUAAUAAGCUGAUAGAGAACACAACGAAAUGCUCGAAAAGCUCAAGGACGAUCACCAAAGAGCUAAGGAAGCCCUCGAUGCAAAGAAACUCACCUAUUCUUAACUUAUUGUUGAAAAGGAAAAGAAUCUUGAUGAUUUAAGAUCAAACUUAGAAGAUGUCAAGAGAAGAAUCAAUAAAACUCGUGAAAGAGAACUCAGUAAUAAGAAGGAAGCUAACGACUGGAGAGUUAGACAAAAAUCAAUUGAUAUUUUGAAAGAAGAAGAAGUCAAAAAAAUCCACCAAGAAAGAGAAAAGAGUAUUGAAGUCUUAAAGAACUCCCAUCACAGUGAACGUGAAGUACUUGAAGGUCGCAUUAACCACUUGCGCAGUGAUUUAAAUCAAAAGGAAGAACGUAUUCGUGAUACCAGUAACAACUUAGCUCGUUCUCGUCUUGCUAGAAACAAUGCUGAAAUUGAAAAGCGUGCUUUAGAAGCUGAUAUUGAAAGAAAAAGACUCCUCGCUGAAGAAGCUGAGAGAAAGAGACUACUUGAAUUAGAAGUUUAAGAAUAAAUCCACAAGAGAGAUAUUGAUGUACUCAGAAACUCUCACAAUUUCGAAAAGCAAAAGCUUGAAGAAUAAGAAAAGACCUUGAACUAUGUUCUAGAUGCUAAAUAAAAAGAAGCCUUAGAACAAAAGGAACGUGCCAGAAACUACUUAAUAUCUGCUAGUGAAGCUGAAAGAAAGGAACGUGAAAAAUCUAUUGAAGCUGAACUUUGGAAGAAUACCUACACCAGAACUGAACGUGAAAAAUCUAUUGAAGUAGAAGUUGCUAAAGAUUUAAGACGCUCUCAAAUUGAAGCCUUGAAGCGCUCUCAUGAUUACGAAAUGAUCCAAUAGGAAAGAAACACUGCAGUCUUACGUAACGUUUUAGAUUCUAAGCAAUACGAAGUCAGAAAUCUCCGUGAUUCUCACUCCAACAUCGUCCACGAAUUGAUCAAUACUUCUUAAGAUGCCAAGAGAGCCAACCUCGAAGCUCAAAUAUGGCGCAAUCAUGCUAACAGUCAAGAAAGAGAUAGACAUACUGCCUUAAUCACUAGGGAUAUUGUCUAAUCCCAAGAACUCGACUCUCUUAGAAGAUCUUAACUAGCUGAAAGUCAAUACUUAAGACAAGAAAUCAACAAUCUUGCUAAUGUUAUUGACCAUAAGGCUAGAGAAGCAGCUGACUGGAGAGAAAACUACAACCGUCUCUACAAUUCCCAAUACAGACGUUGA